UCGCAUGUAAACACAGCUGUCAAGAUCCGAGGCGCGCGAGGUUCGUUGUGCGAGUGUUUCUCCGCGAUUUAAAACCGUGACACGCGUUGAUGACACCCUAUUCCUACCUGUAAUCGCGCGGGAGCAGGUACAACAUGAGCCUGAAGAUUUGUAACCUUCAGGGAGUUACGGAUGCCCUUUUCCGUGAGUUCCUCUCCCAGCCUGGGGAACGGCAGUGGUGCAGUGAGAUUCUGCGUUCCAUCACCAAGGGGGAGAGGGUGGAGACAAAGGACUUUCUGAAGCUCUCCUCGGAUACACCCCCUCGCAGUUCCCCUCGCAGUUCCCCAGUGAACUCUCCCCGCAACCAUGCCCAUCUCUCCCCACUUCUUCUUCCGCCUUCUCCCCGUUCUCCUGUAUCCCCCCUCCCACAGUCCCUGAAUUCAGGUCUUCUCUUCUCACGGAACAGUGGCCAGCCUGGGUCUGCCUCAGCUGCCUCUGGCACUACACCCCAAUCCUCCACUGCAGCCUCGUCCUCCUCUCCCAAUUCUGUAGGCUUUUCCUCUGUCACCAACUUCUUUUCCACCUCCUUGGCAAAUGAGGCAAGGCCUAGCACUCCCACCAGUUCCCUCGGACGCAAGCACAACUGGCGUAGGGACCAGAUGUUACACAUAUUAGUACUCAUGGCAGUAGUUGUGUUACAUGCAGUAUUUUUUGUUGAUAUAGAAAUGAUUGAUCCUAUUGUGUUGUAUCCUUGUUGGGCUGUCAUAUAUCUGAAACCAUUAGUGAAAUUUGAAAAUGGCGUCUUGCAUGACUUUGAUAUCAGUGUUAUGUCUAAGAGUGAUGUUGUGAUUGCUAUGUCAUAUGUUGCUAUGGCUUUAUCAACUCCUUUCAAUCACCUUCACUAA